AUGGCGAAAUUGACUUUGAAAGAUUUGAAAAAUCUUCAAGAAGACGAAGAACUCGAUUUAUCCGCAAUGCAAUUGACCGAAUUUCCACUCGCUUUGCCAAUGGUUUCAAGAUUAUCCACUGUCGAUUUGAGCCAAAAUAGCAUAGCUUUUCUUCCGAACGAAAUUUGUAAAAUGAAUCGAUUGAUCAGGUUAUUUUUUUUGAAGAAUUUUUAGAUUUUAAAAAUAAAAACACAAAUGUAUUCAGAUUGGACCUUGGCAAAAACAGAAUUCAUCAUCUUCCAAACGACAUUGGAAAUUUGACAAGUUUGCAACAUUUGAAUUUGCAAGGAAAUGACAUUGAAGAACUUCCAUUGUCAUUUGCCAAUUUGAAAUCUCUCAAAUGGUUAGAUUUACGUAAUAAUCCACUCGAAGAUAAAUUGGCAAAAGCAGCUGGCAAUUGUGGAAAUGAUAAAGAAUGUCAAGCAGCCGCCAAAAAUGUUUUGAAUUUUGUAUCAGAACGAAAGAAGUUUAUAGAAUAUCAAAAGGAGAAGGAGAAUAAAGUCAACGAGAAAAUCAAAUUGAAAAAUGUUGAGGAAAAGAAAAAAGCAGCUAAAGCAAAUGGUAAAUUAUUUUUUUACGUGACCUUGAAAAAUCCAACUCAUUUUAAACGUCAUUGGAUUUAA